AAGACUGGCGGAAAACGGCUGGACAACAGAAACCAGACUUGAUCUUUUAUUUACGUUGUAUUUCUCUUUAACUUGAUUUAUUUUUUCAUUUAAUAAAUUAUAAUUGGCAACUUCAAUUAUCUCUCUUACAAAAGAGAUCGAAAUCCAAACGUCGUAGAUGUUAUCACAGCUUCCUUUCAUGUUUCGAAAUCCAAGAUGACUAGUGUAAACAACAUUAACAACAGUGUCGACACCGUUCACGCCGCCGCAACCGCCAUAGUUUCAGCGGAGUCUCGUCUCCAGCCUACGGCCGGCGUCCGGAAAAGAAGAUGGGGAAGUUGCUGGAGCCUUUACUGGUGUUUUGGUUCUCAUAAAAGUGGCAAGCGGAUUAGCCAUGCUGUCCUUGUUCCUGAACCAGUUGUAACAGGAGCUGCAGCCACAGUUCCAGAAAGUCUGACUCACUCAACUGCCAUUCUUCUUCCCUUAAUUGCUCCGCCCUCUUCGCCUGCAUCUUUCCUUCAAUCUGGUCCUCCAUCUGCCACCCAAUCACCUGCUGGAUUGCUGUCCCUUACUUCCCUCUCCAUCAAUGCCUUCUCUCCUGGUGGGCCUAGAUCCAUUUUUGCCAUUGGCCCUUAUGCAUAUGAAACCCAACUAGUCACACCACCUGUAUUUUCGGCUACUGAACCGUCUACUGCUCUUUGCACUCCCCCGCCUGAAUCUGUUCAACUGACAACGCCUUCAUCCCCUGAAGUGCCUUUUGCGGAACUGCUGACAUCUUCACUGGAACGUGCUCGAAGAAACGGUGGGACCAAUCAGAAAUUUUCAUUAUCUCAUUACGGAUUUCAGUCAUGUCAUCUGUACCCGGGAAGCCCAGGUGGUCAACUCAUAUCCCCAGGCUCAGCAAUAUCUAAUUCUGGCACUUCUUCUCCUUUCCCAGAUAGAUUCCAUAUUCUUGAGUUCUGUAUAGGGGAAGCACCCAAGCUCUUGGGCUUUGAACAUAUCACUACCCAGAAAUGGGGUUCAAGGCUAGGUUCUGGAUCUCUCACUCCAGAUGGUGUGGAGCUUGGUUCAAGGAUGGGUUCAGGAUCUUUGACACCUGAUGGUGUGGGGCCUGCUUUGCAGGAUGGAUUUCUUGGGGAGAACCAGAUUGCUGAGGUAGCAUCAAGUGCUGAGUCAGAGAAUAAAUCUAAAAACGAAGAACAUAUAAUUGAUCACAGAGCAUCGUUUGAGCUAAGUGGUGAAGAAGUUGCAUGCUGUCUUGCCAAUAAAGUUUCUUCACCACGAAUUAUAACAGAGUGUCCUAAGGACAUAGUGGCAGAGGGCCAAAUACAAAGAGAAGGGAAAUUAACAGAGAGUGAAAGUUGUUUUGAGUUAUAUACUGCUGAUACUUCCGGUGAAAUGCCUGAAAAAGCUUUGGGAGAAGUGGAGGAGGAGCAUUUUUAUCAAAAGCAUCGAUCAAUCACGCUUGGGUCAAUCAAAGAGUUCAACUUUGACAACACUGAGGGAGAAGUCGUUGAUAAGCCCUCAAUCAGCUCUGAGUGGUGGAUCAAUGAGAAGGAUGUUGGAAAGGAAACUAGACCUUCCAACAACUGGACUUUCUUCCCUGUGCUGCAAUCAGAGAUUAGCUGAAAAUUAAAUUCUGCUAAAUGGCUUCACUUCUAAGUUUGGACUAUAAAAUAUAGAUUCCAGUGCUAAAAGCAGCUAGCCUAACAGAUGUAACUCUGAAGGUUAAGCCAUCUUUUUUAUACAGCUUGGUAGGUGUUGAUCUACUGCAGAGGUGGGAGGACUGUGUCUAAUCCCUUGUGCACGGAGAAAAGUAGUUUGUAGGGAUAUAUAAUGUGGGCAUUGUUAGAGCAUUCUUUUUAAUAUUUCUUUACCUGAUGUUAUACAAAAAAAUGGCAUUCACAUAUAGGUGUUGAAUCAAGAAAUAUUUUUUCCUGUUAUGUAUAAUAAAGAGAGAUAGUAUUUUUCGGCUUUAA